UCAUUUCCUAAUUGCUAAUAAGUAAUCUUUGUAUCAUUUAUCUCUAAUCUUUACUAAUAAAACUUGUGCGUUGUGCGCUGAUCCACGUAAAAAUAACAAUGAGGCAAGAGCCAUCUAUGACACAAGCGAAAACUUUCCACGAAUGUUUAUAUACAUCGGAUCAGCUCCGUACCAUUGACAUGCGAUUAUAUUUAUUUGUAUUUUAUUUAUACGAUUUAUAUUUCCUUGUUUAAACAAUACAUAGUUUUCUUGUGUUAUCGUCGUUUUUACUGUUCUAAGGAUGUUUCGACCAGUUUUCUCCAAACCAGGAGAUAGCAUGUGGCAGGAAGAUAAGCCUGAUAUUGAUGCCCACUCGUCAACGCAAUUUGUUUAUAAUGCACACCAUUCACUUGCACUUGACAUGCAACGUCAACGACUACCUAUAUUUAAAAACAAAGCUCAUAUUAUUUACUUAUUGGAGAAAUAUCAGACCUUGGUUUUAGUGGGUGAAACAGGCUGUGGUAAAAGUACACAAGUGCCUCAGUAUCUUCUCGAAGCAGGAUGGUGUGCAGAUGGAAAAAAGAUCGGCAUUACGGAGCCUAGAAGGGUCGCAGCCACCUCUUUGGCGAAUCGCGUGGCUGACGAACGCAAUUGCAUUUUAGGAACCACCGUGGGUUACUGUAUACGCUUCGAUGAUUACACUGAUGAAACCACAAAGAUUAAGUACAUGACAGAGGGUAUCCUUUUACGAGAAUUAAUGAGCGACCCGUUAUUAACAAGUUACUCGGUCAUUAUCUUAGACGAAGUGCACGAGAGAACGCUCUUGACUGACAUCAUAAUGGGACUGCUGAAAAAAAUAAUCAGGAAACGGAAGAGUUUGAGAAUUAUCGUUUCUUCGGCGACAGUUGACGCGGAGGAACUUCGUGAUUUCUUUAACAUAAAUACGACGAAAGACUCGAGCAAAGAUAGUGCUGUUAUCAUGAGCGUCGAGGGGCGGUUGUAUCCAGUAGAAGUAUUUUUUUUGAAAGAGCCAGUGGCAAAUUACAUUAACGGCGUGGUAGACACCACUCUAAAAAUACAUGAAACAGAAGAGCCAGGCGAUAUCUUAGCGUUUCUCACGGGUCUUGAUGAGGUUGAUCAGGUCGUUUCUCUUUUAUCGGAACACGCAAAGCUCAUAAAAGACGGCAAACAGAAACUGUUUCCGUUGCCGAUGUACGGAUCGCUUCCGAACGCGGAACAACUGAAAGUAUUUUGGAGAGCUGCCAAAGACACUCGCAAAGUUAUCGUAGCGACCAACAUUGCGGAAACGUCUAUUACUAUUCCAAAUAUUGUUUAUGUAAUCGAUUGCGGUUUCGUCAAGAUACCUUGGUUCGAGGCGGAAACGCAAACCAACAAUCUCGUUAUCGUACCGGUAUCAAGAGCUUCCGCGGACCAACGAGCUGGCCGUGCAGGCCGCGUUCGUACAGGAAAAGCAUAUAGAUUGUACACAGAAGAGGCAUACGCAGGAUUGUUCGAGGCAACUCCACCUGAAAUGCAACGAUCAGAUUUGGCGCCGGCGAUACUGCAACUAAAAGCACUGGGCAUCGACAAUGUAUUGCGAUUUAAUUUUCCAUCCGCACCUCCUAGCAAGAAUCUAGUCACGGGAUUAGAAUUGCUUUAUGCGUUAGGCGCGAUUGAUGGCAAUGGGGAUUUGACGAUGCCUUUAGGCUUGACAAUGGCAGAAAUGCCUCUGGAGCCGGUGCUGGCAAAAUCCUUAAUUGUUUCUGGUGAAAUGGGAUGUUCCGAAGAAAUCACGAUGAUAUUUGCCAUGUUGCAAGUUCAAAAUGUUUUUAUACAACCUGGUGGAGGACAGGCGGCUCUAAAAGCGAGAAUAGCGCAUCGCAAGUUCGAAGUGGAAGAAGGCGAUCUUCUUACCUUGCUGAACGUUUACACGGCUUUCGAGCAGAAUAAAACACCCGCCUGGUGUCAGAAACAUUUUCUCAACCAUAAAGCUCUGCGAAGAGCCACGGAAAUUCGCACACAGAUGCACAAAAUGCUGAAACGCUUGGAUAUUCCACUGAUAUCCUGCAACAAGAAUAUUCAACAAAUUUUGAAGUGUUUGACAGCUGGUCUCUUCCCUAAAGCGGCAUAUUUGCAUUAUACAGGCGUGUACAGAACGGUUCGAGGUAACAAGGAUUUGUACAUUCAUCCGAAUAGCUGCUUAUAUACUCUACAACAACCACAAUGGUUACUAUUUUGCGAAAUUUUGCAAACUAAUAAAGCAUAUAUGAAGGAUUUAACUGUUAUUCAGCCAGAAAUUUUGCUAGAAGCAGCACCACAUUUUUUUGAGAGGACGUCUAUUGAAUCUAUUUAAAGUAUUUUGUAUGAAUAUAAGAUGUGUAUUAAGAUAUAUGUAUUAAAUACAUAUAUAAGAAUAAU